CUGGGAUGCGGCUGCGGGUGCCAGAACCGAGGAGCAGCCCCGGGCGCGCGCUCUAGUCGGACGAGGCGAGGGACGGCCAGGGGCUACAGGCACGUUGCGUGCAUGCAUUGGUCGCAGCCUUUGCAGAAUCCAGUUGUGCAGUGCUUUGGCUCUGCAGCGGCGCGGUGCAGGGUCCCAGUUGCCGGGGGAUGGGCACCAGUCUCCGUAGCCAGGCUGGCACCGCUCGCUGAAAGAGCCCUUGGCUGGGCUUGGGGAAGGGCGCCCGCGUGCCCGUCUUGGGCUGUGCGCGAGGUGUUUGUUCUCUUUCCUUUUUUUGUGCCAAGGUUUCUCUGGGCGGGCGCGCGAUGCAGCGAGCGGCGGCGCUGGUCCGGCGGGGCUGCUGCCCCCGGACCCUCGGUCCCUGGGGCCGUAGUCAGAGCAGCGCGGCCGCCGAGGCCUCGGCAGUGCUCAAGGUGCGGCCGGAACGGAGCCGGCGUGAGCGCAUCCUUACCCUCGAGUCCAUGAACCCUCAGGUGAAGGCGGUGGAGUAUGCGGUGCGGGGACCUAUCGUGCUCAAGGCUGGCGAGAUCGAGCUCGAGCUGCAGCGGGGUAUCAAGAAACCAUUCACCGAGGUCAUCCGUGCCAACAUUGGGGAUGCCCACGCCAUGGGCCAGCAGCCAAUCACCUUCCUCCGACAGGUGAUGGCACUCUGUACCUACCCAAACCUGCUGGAUAGCCCCAGCUUCCCAGAAGAUGCUAAGAAAAGAGCCCGGCGGAUCCUACAGGCUUGCGGCGGGAACAGUCUGGGCUCCUACAGCGCUAGCCAGGGCGUCAACUGCAUCCGUGAAGAUGUGGCUGCCUACAUCACCAGGAGGGAUGGCGGUGUGCCUGCAGACCCAGACAACAUUUACCUGACCACCGGCGCUAGUGACGGCAUUUCUACGAUCCUGAAGAUCCUGGUCUCCGGGGGUGGCAAGUCCCGGACGGGCGUGAUGAUCCCCAUCCCGCAGUACCCCCUCUACUCUGCCGUCAUCUCCGAACUUGACGCCAUCCAGGUGAACUAUUACCUGGAUGAGGACAACUGCUGGGCCCUGAAUGUGAACGAGCUCCGGCGGGCCGUACGGCAGGCCAAAGAGCACUGUAACCCCAAGGUGCUGUGCAUCAUCAACCCCGGGAACCCCACAGGUCAGGUGCAGAGCAGAAAGUGCAUCGAGGACGUGAUUCAUUUUGCCUGGGAGGAGAAGCUCUUUCUCCUGGCUGACGAGGUGUACCAGGACAACGUGUACUCUCCAGACUGCAAGUUCCACUCCUUCAAGAAGGUGCUUUACGAGAUGGGGCCGGAGUACUCCAGCAACGUGGAGCUCGCCUCCUUCCACUCCACCUCCAAGGGCUACAUGGGCGAGUGUGGCUACAGAGGCGGCUACAUGGAGGUGAUCAACCUGCACCCUGAGAUCAAGGGCCAGCUGGUGAAACUGCUGUCUGUGCGUCUGUGCCCGCCAGUGUCUGGGCAGGCUGCCAUGGAUAUCGUUGUGAACCCCCCGGUGCCAGGAGAGGAAUCCUUUGAGCAGUUCAGCAGGGAGAAAGAGUCCGUCUUGGGUAACCUGGCCAAAAAAGCCAAGCUGACAGAAGAUUUGUUUAACCAAGUUCCGGGAAUUCACUGCAACCCCCUGCAGGGUGCCAUGUACGCCUUUCCUCGGAUCUUCAUCCCCACCAAAGCCAUGGAGGCGGCUCAGGCCCAUAAGAUGGCCCCUGACAUGUUCUACUGCAUGAAGCUCCUGGAGGAGACGGGCAUCUGUGUCGUGCCCGGCAGUGGCUUUGGGCAGAGGGAAGGCACCUACCACUUCAGAAUGACCAUUCUUCCUCCAGUGGAGAAGCUGAAGACAGUUCUCCAGAAAGUGAAGGACUUUCACAUAAAUUUCCUGGAGAAGUACGCCUGAGGACUGCUCGGGCCCCUGAGGGAGACAGAGUCCUCGGCCUUCUUCCUGACAUCCACCCAGCCCAGACCCAACUCACCUCCCCCAGCGACUCUGCCUCAGGCCUUACAAAGGCCACUGGUCGCGUUCAUUGUCAUUUUGCCCCAGGAGACUUCUUUCUCUGUGCCUUGAUGUUAAGAGCACCUCUCUUCUGAGCAAAUGUGAAUUGGGGAUCAGAAGCCCUGUGUUUGGAUGCAGCCAAAGGAGAGGGACUUGCUCAGCCUACGUGGCAGUGUUCUCUGAAAUCUGUUGUUGUUGUUGCCUGUAGAAAAUUGAUUUGGGGUUUAAAACAACCAGGGUGUCUUGGGUGAGAUGUUUCAGAUCGGGAGAAACAAGGCGCCGGGAAAUGUAUAACUUAAACCAUGGUGAGGACCAGAAAUGCCACACUCACCGCUCUGAUCUGUGAAAUAAAACCCUUAGCGGUGUGAAAGUCUAGUCCUUCCAACAGGAGAGCCUGGAGUCCCCGGAGGCUCAGAGAGGGCCCAGCCUCCUGAGCAGGAGGCAGGUAGCCUGUCUCAGACAAGAAUGGUGAGGGCAGGGAGUUCCCUGGUGGUCUAGUGGUUAGGAUUUGGCGCUUUCACCACUGCCACCUGGGUUCAGUGCCUAGUCUGGGAACUGAGAUGGCUGUGUCAAAAAAAGGAAUGAUGACAGCAGUAGCACACGGGGCCAGACUGAAUGCCAGGCUAGGUUGUGGCAGGCACAGAGGCUAUGGCCAAGGUCAGAGGGUCCUGCAGGGGAGGAAUGGAUGUGAGCCAGGCUCUGAGUUAAACCAGUCCUCCACCUGGGAGCACACAACAGGUGGUGAGGACUCUGCACACAUGAGGGCUUCUCAUGAGCAUGCUUAGGCUGGGACACCUGCCUAGAGGUCCCCCUGGACCCCAGGGAUGCAAGGCUCAGCCCAGCAGUAUUCCAGUCACGCCUGGUGGCAUGUAGCUCCAUCCCACUGUUACCCAACAGCCAGUCUCACCCAUGGGCGUGAUUGAGCCUUCAGGCGACAGUAGGGACAAGGAAACACUGAAAAUGUCCUGGCGAGGGAGAAGCGUCCUUAAGGUCAUGAAGACAGUCAAACUGCACCCCCAGCCCCUGGUGCUGGUUGUGUGGUUUCAAGCCGAAUGUAGUCCAUUUCCUAGCUCAUAAUUGGUCAAAGUGCCUGGUAGCAUGGCUGCUGUGUCCACGUGAUCCAAUUCAAAGUUUAUAAAAGCGUUUUAACUUAAUGCAGCGUGUCUAGCCUGCACAUCUGCAGCUGGCUCUCCUCCUGGACUCUGCAGACUGUCCCAUAGCAUGUCCUCUUUCAGCGGCGGUGGGGGACAUCCACUCAGUGCAUAGCUUCCCUGGCAUAGCAAACCUGGCAGCAGGGGGCCUGGACUGACCCUCCCAGAAAGUGACCACUACAAGUGGCAGCAAGCUGAAUGCCCUCGCCUGUGGGCAGUUAGGAAAGCGAGGGCCAGCUCAGGAGUCUGGGGACCCAGUACGUCCCAGAGAAAUCUGAAAAACUGAAGGAGUUGAGCCUUGAAAGCAGCCUCCAGUGCUCUAGUUCCCACACCAGGUCGAUGCAAGGGUUCUAAUGGGAAACUUCAAACUCUCCCUACCUGCUAGCAUUUACAGUCCCUGUGAAGAAAGUAGCCACACUCUCCAAUAGCAAAGGGAAUGUUGCAGAACUUUUUCUUCCUUAAAAAAAUUGAGAAAAUUGCAUUUGUGCUUGUUGACAAGCCAGGUUAAAGUCCCAGAGUUUGUGAGAUUUCAGGUGGAAGGGAGAAAUAGUGGAAGCUAGUAUAUUUUUUAUAUUUUUGUAACAAUUGCUUUUUUCAUGGGGGAGGAGGGGUUAGUAUUUGUAGUUUUAACAAGUCCAGUAGUUUUUUAUAAAUCUCUUCAGAGGAUAAAUAACCCUAAAAUCUUUGCAACAUUUACAUGAUUUUUUAAGAAGAUGCCGUAUACACUAGGUUUGCUUUUAAAAUAAAUGAAUAAAAGCUUAAUGAGGUUAUCUGGUUGAGGAGGUUAAUUUCAUUCAGGUAGGAAUGCUAAUCAGGGUAGGUGUGAUUUUCUGCAGAUUCUGGUGUCUUGUUUGGGCACCACCAGAGAAGGUCAUUUGUCAUGUGGGGUCGUGCUUUAAAGCUGCACCUGUGAAGUUUGCUGUGUUCACCUAAGUCUCACGUGGGGGAUGCUGGGCUGUACUUUGAUGGUCCAUCACCCUGCACCUUGAGGCUGGACCUGGUGGUCCCAGUGUUUAAGGAUUUGCAGGAAGAGCUGUUUUCCAGUCUAGAUUCUCAAAGGCAUCUCCUGACAAAGGUACUUCAUGACAGCUCUGGUGGAAAUAUCUAAACAAUAAAAUAUGUGUCCAAAA